GGCGGGGCGCACACUGUGGCCGAGCAGAGCGUCUCCUGAGCGGACUCCGAGCAUCUGGAGCGCCCGGAGGCAGCGGAGGCUGUGCACACUAUCGGGACAAGGCUGUGCGGAUCCAAGCGGACUUUACCGAGCGUUUACCGGCGUUUGAUCCGGAUCAGACCAGCCACGGAGUCCUGACAGCCGCUCAGCCCGAGGCGUGUAGGAUCCAACAUGGAGGACGGUCGGCCCGUGUGGGCGCCUCACUCCACAGACGGGUUUCAGCUCGGGACCAUCGUCGACAUCGGACCAGACUCCCUCACCAUAGAACCACUCAAGGGCAACGGGAAGACUUUUCUGGCGCCGAUAAACCAGGUGUUUCCAGCUGAAGACGAUGUCAACAAACAUGUGGAGGACAACUGUUCUCUCAUGUACCUGAACGAAGCCACUCUUCUGAACAAUGUCAGAGUCCGAUACAGCAAAGACAAGAUCUAUACGUAUGUGGCGAACAUCCUGAUCGCAGUGAACCCGUAUUACGACAUCCCCAAACUCUAUGCCCCCGAAACCAUCAAACAAUACCGGGGCCGGUCUCUGGGGACGCUACCUCCUCAUGUAUACGCUAUAGCUGAUAAGGCAUACAGAGACAUGAAGGUUCUGAAGAUGAGCCAGUCCAUCAUCGUCUCUGGAGAAUCUGGAGCUGGGAAAACGGAGAACACCAAGUUUGUGCUCAGAUAUCUGACCACGUCGUACGGGACCGGGCAGGACAUCGAUGAGAGGAUAGUGGAAGCGAACCCCCUGCUGGAGGCUUUUGGAAACGCCAAAACUGUGCGGAACAACAACAGCAGUCGCUUUGGCAAGUUUGUGGAGAUCCACUUUAACGAGAAGAAUGCGGUGGUGGGCGGGUUCGUGUCCCACUACCUCCUGGAGAAGUCCCGGAUCUGCACUCAGAGCCAAGAGGAGAGGAACUACCACAUCUUCUACAGACUGUGUGCUGGAGCUCCAGAGGAGAUGAGGGAGAAGCUCCAUCUGAAGGCUCCUGAUACCUUCAGGUAUCUGAACAAAGGCUGCACCCGAUUCUUUGCCUCCAAAGACACCGACAAACAGAUCCCCCAGAACCGCAAGAGCCCCGAGCACGUAAAAAGUGGCCCUCUGAAGGACCCUCUCCUCGAUGACCGUCUGGACUUCAGUCGAAUGAGCGAUGCCAUGAAGAAGAUCGGUCUGGACCAAUCAGAGAAACUUGAUCUGUUCAGGACUGUGGCCGGGGUCAUGCACCUGGGCAACAUCGACUUCGAGGAGGCGGGGAGUACGUCAGGCGGCUGUGCCAUCAGGAACCAGUGCUCUGAGUCGGUGCAGUUCUGUGCUGAGCUUCUAGGUUUGGAGCAGGACGACCUCAGGGUCAGUCUUACCUCCAGAGUCAUGCUGACCACAGCAGGGGGCGCUAAAGGGACCGUCAUCAAAGUGCCCCUGAAGGUGGAGCAGGCGAACAGCGCCCGUGAUGCCCUGGCUAAAGCCAUCUACAGCCGUCUGUUUGACCAUGUGGUGACCCGGGUCAACGAGUGCUUCCCCUUCGACUCGUCCGCUAACUUCAUCGGCGUGCUGGACAUCGCCGGCUUCGAAUAUUUUGAGCACAACAGUUUUGAACAGUUCUGCAUCAACUACUGCAACGAGAAACUACAACAGUUCUUCAACGAGAGGAUCCUGAAAGAGGAGCAGGAGCUGUACCAGAAGGAGGGGCUGGGCGUAAAUGAGGUGCACUAUGUGGACAACCAGGACUGUAUCGACCUGGUGGAAGCGAAGCUCGUGGGGAUCCUGGACAUUCUGGACGAGGAGAACCGCCUCCCUCAGCCCUCAGACCUGCACUUCACCCACGCAGUGCACAGCAAGCACAAGGACCACUUCAGACUGAGCAUUCCCAGAAAGUCCAAGUUGGCGAUCCACAGAAAUGUGAGAGACGACGAAGGAUUCAUCGUGAGACACUUUGCUGGAGCCGUGUGCUACGAGACUACUCGUUUUGUGGAGAAGAACAACGACGCUCUGCACAUGUCUCUGGAGGCUCUAGUCUCAGAGUCCAAAGAUCGCUUCGUCCGAGAACUGUUCGAGAACAACAACAACAGUAAAGAUGCCAAGCAGAAGGCCGGGAAGCUCGGGUUUAUCAGCGUCGGCAACAAGUUUAAGACUCAGCUCAAUCUGCUCCUGGAGAAACUGCGGAGCACGGGCUCCAGUUUCAUUCGCUGCAUCAAACCAAACCUGAAGAUGAUCAGCCACCAGUUUGAAGGAGCACAGAUCCUGUCACAGCUGCAGUGCUCCGGAAUGGUGUCGGUUUUGGACCUGAUGCAGGGCGGAUUUCCCUCCAGAGCUCCGUUCCAUGAGCUCUACAACAUGUACCAGAAAUACAUGCCCCCGAAGCUGUGCCGACUGGACCCACGGCUCUUCUGCAAGGCGCUGUUCAAGGCUCUGGGUCUGAACGAAAACGACUUCAAGUUUGGACUGACACGAGUCUUCUUCCGCCCAGGAAAGUUUGCAGAGUUUGAUCAGAUCAUGAAGUCAGACCCGGAGCAUUUGGCUGAGCUCAUCCAGAAGGUCCAUAAGUGGCUCCUCCAUAGCCGCUGGAAGAAGGUCCAGUGGUGUGCUCUGUCUGUCAUCAAAUUAAAGAACAAGAUCCUGUACCGCACUGGGGCCUGUAUCAUGAUACAGAAAACCGUUCGGAUGUGGCUCUGCAAAAGGAAACACAAACCUCGUAUUGACGGCCUUGUGCGGGUGCGCAGCCUGCAGACUCGGAUGGAGCGCUUCACUCAGGUGGUUUCUGGACUCAAAGAGGGACAGGAGGACAUGAGGAGACAAGUCCAAGAGCUGGAGAAGGCCAUAAAGGCUCUGAUGGACAAGAUCAAGCGUGUGGUGAUGUCUCGGCUGGAGAUAGACCACGAGUAUAAGGCGCUGGUCACUCGCUCGGAGAAGCUGCUCAACGAUAUGCAGAAACAGAAGAAAGAGGAGGAGGAGAGGGAACGGCUGAAGAAGAUCCAAGAAGAGAUGGAGAGAGAGAGGAAGAGGAGAGAAGAAGAAGAGAGGAAGAGGCAGCAGGAGGAGGAGGAGAGGAGACUGAAAGCGGAGAUGGAGGUCAAGAGGAAACAGGAGGAGGAGGAGAGGAAGAAGAGAGAAGAGGAAGAGCGCCGCAUACAGGUGGAGAUGGAGGCCCAGAUGCUUGUGGAGCGUGAGGAGGAGGCGGCACGUCAGGCCGUUCUGGAGCAGGAGAAACGAGACCGGGAACUGGCCCUGAGGAUCGCCCAGAGCGAGGCGGAGCUUAUCCCAGAAGAGAGCAGCGACGCAGGGCUGAGGAGUAAUGGUUCAUCUGUGCCCUCGUCUCCAGAGCGAGCAGCAGCGACUGGACCCAGGCUCAAGAGUCUCACCAUGGAGGAGAUGGCUAAAGAAAUGACCGAACUUUUGUCUCGAGGUCCUGCGGUACAGGCGUCCAAAGCCGCCGCCGGGACAAAGAAGUACGAGCUGAGUAAAUGGAAAUAUGCCGAGCUCCGAGAUGCCAUCAACACCUCCUGUGAUAUCGAGCUUUUGGCCGCCUGCAGAGAGGAGUUCCAUCGGAGGCUUAAAGUUUAUCACGCCUGGAAAUCCAAGAACAAGAAACGUAACGCUGACUCGGAGCAGCGCGCUCCAAAGUCUGUCACGGACUAUGAUGUGGCUCCGCUCAGAAAAGCACCGCUGCAGCAGGCUCAGGCCCCGCCCAUCCCGCCACGGCAGCUGGAGGCAGCCCUGAACAGGCAUCAGAGGUUUUUCCGGAUCCCGUUCAUCCGGCCCGGAGACCAGUUCAAGGAUCCAAGCGGGAAGAAGAAGGGCUGGUGGUACGCACACUUCGACGGCCCCUGGAUCGCACGCCAGAUGGAGCUGCACCCCGACAAGCAACCCAUACUCCUGGUGGCAGGUAAAGACGAUAUGGAGAUGUGCGAGCUGAGCCUAGAGGAGACCGGAUUGUCCCGGAAACGCGGAGCAGAGAUUCUCCCAAGACAGUUCGAGGAAAUCUGGGAACGCUGCGGAGGGAAAGAGUACCUGAGGAGUGCCAUAGAGAACCGGCAAGCCAGGCCCACCUACGCCACGGCCAUGCUACAGUCUGCUUUCAAAUAGUAUACUAGUCCUACUACUACAAGUACUACUCCAACAGAGGAGGCCCACCUACAUCACGGCCAUGCUCCAGUCUGCAUUCAAAUAGUAUACUACUACAAGUACUACUACAACUACUCCAACAGAGGACGUCCACCUACACCACGGCCAUGCUGCAGUUUGCGAUCAAAUACUACUACUACUGUUACGAGUGCUACUAGGGAUGUCCCGUUCCAAUGUUUUUGGCUCCUGAUUCGAUUUUUUAAAAAUAUUUACAAUAUACUCAAUCAUUUUGAAUUAUUUUAUUUACAUAAUUUUGACUGUGCCUCUAUAAAUAAUCAAGCAUUCCAUGGUAAUUUAGCUCCAUUUGAGUAAAAUCACAACCAGAUAAAAAAAAAAGGCCGACUUAAAAACAGCCUCAUAAUAAUGUAGCCUCCUCAGUCUGUGUUUAAGCCACUCUGGAUGUUAGCUGCAACGUUAGCCUCCUCAGUCUGUGUUUAAGAUGCUCUGAGCGUUAGCAAAGGGCAGAGGAUGCUAUAGUUGUAUUGGCCAGAUCUAUUCACUAAAUCCAAUCCAAGCCAAUACCCAUACUGGUAUCGGAUCGGGACAUCCCUAAAUACUGCUACAACUACUACUACUAAAGAGGAGUACACACUACUACGCAACUGCCUUGCAUUCAAAUCCUACUACUACAAAGGAAUACCCCUAAUAGAUAAACACAAUUGUAGAAAGAACGACAACUACGGCCAACGCGGCGGCCAUCGUGGGACUGUAGAUCUUCAUAUUCUCACAGGGACUUAACCAGGUACCGGUCUGACAAACUGUGAUCCAAACACAGACUCACAGAUGGUUCUGUCUCUUUUGACUUUAUUUGGCUCUGCCCACUUUUGUGAUAAAUAUGACUAAACUUUCUUUGUGCUGGCACUUCCAGUUAAGCGAAAAUCCCAUUCAUUUUAAUGGAGAAUUUGGGAAAGUUUUGCCACUAAAAUAUGUUUCAUUUGUGUGAAAUGUUCAUGUGACCAACAAGUCCACACCACAGCGAUUCUGUGGAGGCUUGAAAACGUCUCUGUAGUCCUGUAGAACUUAUUUGCUGUCAAGAUAGGCAGCCCCAUGCUAACUAAUAUAACUCGAAUGGCGAUGGUGGCACCCACGGAAACUUCCAGAAUAAGCUGAAUAGUCUUAAUAUGUACCACUGUAAAAGUACUUUGGGAUAUUAUGUUUCCCUCCUCUGGUAACGGCAUCUGACCCUGGAGUAACAGCACACACACAGCACUACUACAAGUACACACUACAGCCAUUUCAAGAAACACUAAUACUACUUCUACUACUAUUACUUGAGUACUUCAGAUACACACUACUGACAGUAGUAGCAAUAGUACAUUUGAUAAACACUACUCUUGCUCCACACCAAAAUCUGUAGUGCCACUGUGUCAGUGCAUUUACUACAACUCCAAGCUUCAUGCAGUACUCACUAGUAGAAGUACUUUUCUACUACUAUUAGUACUACUACAAAGGCUUUAAAUGGACCAACGCAUCACUCCACAUAUUUCAGUUUAUAACCAGACCAGAGUCCAGACCAGAGUCCAGACCAGAGUCCAGACCAGAGUCCAGACCAGAGUCCAGACCAGAGGCCAGACCAGAGUCCAGACCAGAGUCCAGACCCUCAGAGUGUGUAGAGCCAAUCUCAAACACAGCUGAGGGUGAUACAUUAGAAAUAAAAAAAAAAAUACUUCAAAUACACAGAAAUGAAAAUGUAAUUGGAACAGAGUUUAGGCUCCGCCCCUAACACUGUUUCACUUCUGCUAAACUCAGUUUUCUGAGGCAGGUGAGCGACCAAUCAGAGCUCACCUAGAGUCUGACAGUUCUAAACUAAUUCUGAAACUUACCUUAUGGUGGAUCUGGCCUUUAACUUCGUCACUUUAACCAUUUUUAUGUUUUUUACAGAUCCUAUUCUGUCCCAGCCAUAGACUGUAUAUAUAAAUGGACACAGCUAACACGCUAGCCGCUGUGUUCUUAACGGGAAGUGAGCAUGGGCGCUAUUUGGCUCCAUCAACUCUGGCUCCAAUUCACUUUCUAUGUAAAAAGUGUCUCCUCUCUCUGUACCUGCUGCUGUCAGACUCGUCAUUCUGACCUUAAAAUAUUUGUAUUAAUCCACUCUACGUGAUCCUGGGGUUUUUGUUUCACUCUUUUGUCCCCAAAUAAAGAUGUGAACAGACCAAUCAGGCAUCUUCUUUCCCAGAGGUGGCUCAUGCUAGCCUUAGCAAGUGAAUGACAGUGUUGCUAAGUGACUGCUCCCCGUUAAGGCAGCAGUGUGAGCAGGAAGGGGCAUUACCUUCAGCCCCAUCGCUCCUGAUUGGCUCUUUGGUUGCUAUGAUACUCGCAGUCAGAAUUCCAAAUAUGUUACUGUGUUACAGAGUAGCCGCUAUAACUGCUAGCCUCGAUGAGCUUCAUUUGGAGCUGAACGCUGUGGGUGACAUCACACUCCCUCAGUCCACUUUGUACAGUCUAUGGUCCAAACUGAAGUUCAUUAAUUUGGCCACAUUUACACAAAAUAAUAACUUGACUUAAUAUAAAAAUGUAAAAACAUGGCUCCUUCAGCAGCUCCUCCUGUCUCCGUGAGCUGAGUCUAAACACGCGACGCUCCGAUGCCUUAAACAUGAUCCGGAUUCCACUUCUGCGUUUGACACAUUCCAUCUUUCUUUUCCUUGAAUCCAGUUUACGCUGAAACACAAACUGCAGCUGCAUGAACUGAAAUCCCGACAGAAUUCCAUGUUUUUGUACGAUUGUUCAGAUCAUUCCUGUUUUUCUCUGGACCUCUGCGACAUUUGAGUGAUUUUUGUGAAUGACUGAUCCUGGUCUAUGAUUAUGCAAAUGUAACCUAUGAGCGCUCAGGAGUUUGUGAUUUUUAUGAUAAAUACUUCCUGGAGAGGGGCGAGGAGGAGAGACCCGAGGCUCAGAUGAACUGGAAUAAUCGGAUGUUAUGAUUUUGAAUGAAUGAUGCAAUAAAAUC